AUGGCGUCGACUUCACUCCCUACGGCGACUACGGCGGCGCCUUUUGCGGCGCCUGUUGCGGCGCCUAUUGCCGCAUCACCCACGUGCACUGGUGCAUCCGAAGUCGCCUCCCUGCCUGCGCCGACCAAAGACCACGUGGACCCCACGUGGCUGAGCGCCGCGCUGAGCCUUCCAGCUACAGCCGUCGCGUCAGUGGCCGUGCGGCCAUUCGCCGGCGGCUUUUCCCCGAUCGUCAAAGCGCGCCUCGACGUCACCUACACCGAUGCUUCGCGCGCACCCCACGGCGUGGACUUCGGCGCGGAUCCCUGCGACUCGUCAAAUCGGCCCAGGUCACUCUUCAUGAAGCUCCUCCCGCCGCCGCCAGACACGUCAGCAGGGGCAACGGCGCAGCAGUACCAGCUAGGCGACGCGAUACUCGCGAUGGUGAAGCAGGCGCAUCGGGUGGAAGCCGCGUUCUACACUCUCGCCAUGGCGCCGCGUUCGCGCCACGUGGCCGCGGUGGUUCCGCGCGCGUAUCACGCCAAUCCCGACCAAGCCAUCUUACUCGCCGAUGUGAGCUGUUGCCCCACUGCCACCCCUACUGCCACCACUGCUCCUGUUAGUGCAGGGGAGGUGCAGGGCGCCGUGUCCGGGACCGUGAAUCAGCUGCUCACGUGGGACGAGCUGAUUGAAUCUCGCGCCGCCCGGGUGAUGAUCCCCGUGGAGCACAGCGCCGACAAGCUCGCCGCCCUCAUGCUCCAGUUCGCCGCCCGGUUCUGCCCGGCCGAUGCCGAGCCAGGGAGUGCGCUGCACGCGCUGUGUGCCGCAAGCGCGCGGGUAGGGUAUGCAGGGCUGAUGCGUGCAAUCACACUCCCCCCUGUCACGCUCCCCUCCGCCGCGCAUCCCGCCUCUGAUCGCAGCGAAAUCAGCAGCGGUACCAGCCGCCUAGGGGGGAUUCUUCACGGGGACCCGAACCCUGGGAACGUACUGUACCACCGGGGGAAGAACGAGGCUCUGCUGAUAGACUUUCAGGACACAGCUGCAGGCGCACCGGGCGUUGUAGACCUGGCUCGGCUGCUGCUUUCGUCCCUGCAACCGGUAUCGCGCGCUGGGCGUGAAGAGGAGGUUGUUGAGGCAUACUUGAAGAAUUAUGAGAAGUGCUAUCAGGAACAGCGGAAGGAGCAGCAGGAGCAGGAGCCUCAGCAGGAGCAGCAACCGCCCCUACCCCAUCUUUCAGUGUCACUUUUCAAGAGAGAUCUGCUGUUGGCGAUGCUGGGCGAUGCGAUGAUGAUCAUGGCGUCUGUGGGGUUCACACUGGACGCAAGGGGCCCUGCGCUGCUGUACGCGCUGGGAGAGAGGAGCGUCAUGUGUGUGCGCGACCACUGCAAGGAGAUGCUUGCUGCUGUGGAGGAGGUAUCAGCGGGAGGGAAUUGUUGA